CAUAUUAUAUAAUUUCAUAUAUUUUAGCAUUUCGAUGUGAAGAAAGGAUAAGAAGAAAAAGAGAAGCUGUUCAAGACAUGGUUGACAGCCAUGAUGAUGACGAUCAGAAAAAAUGUUGUUUCCUGGGAACACUUUUGGACAAGCAUAAGCGCUCAUGUGAAGAACGAGCCGAAUUACUUAAAAUUCAUGUCAAAGAAAAUGAAGAAAACAAUACUUGUAUUGAAACUUUCUUAAACUGUUGUUUAAAAUUAGCACCUCAAUUAUUAGCAUCAACUGAUGAAUCUAAUAAAGAACUUCAUCCGAGUGAUUUGAGUAGGGCAACUGGUGGUGUACUUGAAGGUCUUGAGUUUGUUGAUGAAGCUGAGGAAGCUGAUUUUGAAAGAACAUUGGUCCGUAGAGAUUUCAGAGAAACCUGGUUAUUUAAAGAUUAUAUAAUUGGGCCUGAUAGAACAACUGAAGUGACGACAAGUUUACCACACAGCAUUACAACAUGGGUUAUUCAAGCUAUUAGUUUAUCUGAUCAGUGGGGAAUGUGCAUAUCAGAACCAAAAGAAAUUGUGUCAUUUAAAAAUGUUUUCAUUCAUUUGAAUAUUCCAUAUUCUGUUGUUCGUAAUGAACAAGUAGAAAUACAAGCUACUAUUUUCAAUUAUAAUCCAGAAACAAUACCUGUUACUGUCUAUAUGUACGGUGUUGAAAACCUUUGUACAGGAGUGCAAGCAGGAGAGAAAAGUGAACGUAAAAAAAUUUGGGUUGAAGGUAAUUCAGCAGGAAACGUUGGUUUUCCUGUUGUUCCUUUAAAAGAUCAGAAAUUUCCUAUUCAUAUGGUGGCUUUGAGUCCUGCUGGUUCAGAUGUUAUUAUUAAAGAAUUAAAUGUUGUGGCUGAAGGUGUUGUCAAAGAAGAAGAUGUUGUGAUCAUCUUAGAUCCUACUAAUCAACAAAGAAGAAAACGAAGAAAUGUUGAAACUGAGACCUAUAAAGAUACAAUAGAUGAUUCUCAGAAACUUCAAGUAACUGCAAUAAAACUUCUCCCCAGUGAAAAAUAUGUACCUGGAACUGAAUCCUGUGUAGUUUCUGCAAUUGGUACUGAAUAUGGCCCAACAGUCGAAACUGUGAUUCAUGAUCCUGAGACUUUAAUUCGGAUGCCUGUUGGCUGUGGAGAACAGAACAUGAUGUACAUGGGUCCAACUUUGUACACAUUGCGAUUUUUAAAAGUUAAAGGAGAUGUGACACCUGAACGAGAAGGAAAAAUUUAUAACUUCAUUAGAGAAGGUAAAAAAUUUUUAUAAUAAAUUAUUUAUAUA